CCCAGCAGCAGCGUGGGGAGACGACUAUCAAGAGUCCAAUGGCAGAGUGGCGGAGCAGAAGCAGCUUCAUUGAAGGCCAUACACAGGCCUAGGUUAAAAAGCGGAAGCCGUCAGCAGCGUGAGCAGACGACAGAGACACAUGGCGCAGGGUGGCGGUGGUGCAGCAGAUGGAAGGCAGCAGUACAGGCCUAGGUUAAAAAGCGGAAGCCGUCAGCAGCGUGAGCAGACGACAAAGGCACACAUGGCAGAGGAUGGAUCUGGCAGCAGUAUGAGAAG